AUGGAUUUGGCUCAAAAUUUACUUGGAUCUCCCAAGAAGUUUUCCUUGACUUCAAAAACUGGGACACUUUUGCCGAAUUUUCCUGAUGUCAGUGAUCUUCUAAUAACAAAUUUAGAUCUCAAAGAAAAGCUCAGAAUAUUCCUAACGAUGUACAAAAUGCAUUGCCAAUGCAUAGUAGAUAUCACCAUCAGUGGGAAUUUCGAAGAAAUACAAUUGUUUUUGCUUCACUUCUGGCAAGGGUUUCCUGAUCAUCUAAUAAGCAUCUUUGAACAACCAAUCACUCUCGACUUAGUACCAGUUUGUGACUCUAUUUUGCACCGGACUCUAACAGAUAUAUUGCUACCUUCCGAUAUGAUGGAGAUACCAGAAAGAUUAUUGCGUGAGAUUCAAAAUAUUGCUUUGCAUUGGCGGAAAUGGUUGGAAUGCUCCUUAGAAAAUAUGCCUUCUCAAUUAAAAGAAUUGAAGAUGAAACAAGGCAAAGCAUUCUGCAAUACUCUGAAGAGAUACGUUGCCUUUCUUCACUUAUCGCAGGUAGCUCUUCCUGCUCUUAAUAAGUUCCCACGAUUGUCCUUGAGCAGAGAAUUAAAUCAAAUUGAAGAACAACAAACUUUACAUGAUUGGCUGUUAAAUAUAGAUAUUUAUGUUAUAAAGUACUUAUUACCAGCCUCGGACGAUAAAGCGCAAAGUAAGUAA